UUCAAAGCUUUGUCCUAUGCCUGGGGGAGCACAGAUACUCCUCAAGCCGAGCUUGUUAUGAGCAGUACCAGCUCCAAUUACAAUUCUGGCACACUAGGCGUACAACGGAAUCUGUAUGAAGCAUUGCGAUAUCUUCACUUUCCGACUAAACGCCAAACAUUAUGGAUGAACGCGAUAUGCAUCAACCAAGAAGAUUUGGACGAGAUGAACAAGCAAAUCAAACGAAUGAAGAGCCUUUACGAAAUCGCGCGUCAUGUUGUUGUUUGGCUCGGUCCAAGUUCAGAUAACAGCGAUCUUGAAUGUUUGACGUUGUCACGUUAG